AUGAAUCACUUCUUGUAUUCUGCAUCCCAGAAGAAAAAUGGCCCUCCUUCUUCAAGCAGAAUUCAGCUGCCAAUAGUUCCUCAGCUAGGUGUGGGACUUCACAACCACCUCAUGAUUUCAUGCUUACCUCUAGAAUACUGGAAGGAGGUUGUGGAGCGGGCCCACAAUUUAUCAGUGGAGGUCCAAAAGAAGAAGUGGCGAAGUCUCUGUUCCUCUGAAUGGCCCUCUUUUGAAAAGGGGUGGCCAAGGGAUGGGACUUUUGACCUUGCUACUAUCUUGCAGGUUAAGGAAUACAUUUUCCACCCAGGACCACACGGAGACCCGGACCAGGCAGCCUACAUAGUCACCUGGGAAGGCUUGGCCCGAAACCCCACACCUUGGGCACAGCCAUUCCUACCUCCUCAGGGAACCAGAGAAACUGAUCAAGGCAGACUCUGCCUGAGGAGGGACAGAGGGGGCCCCUCUGAUGGAACUGGGACUGCCCAGGUUCUUCCCCUCCGAACAGUAGGGGAUCAGAUCCAGUAUUGGCCUUUUUCAGCCUCUGACUUGUAUAAUUGGACAACCCAUAACCCCUCUUUUUCUCAGGACCCCCAGGCUCUAACUGCUUUAAUAGAGUCUAUCCUCCUCACCCACCAACCCACCUGGAAGGAUUGUCAACAGCUCCUCCAGGCACUCCUAACCACAGAGGAGAGACAGCGAGUCAUCCUAGAAGCCCAGCAAAACAUCCCCUGGCAGGAUGGGAGACCUACUCUGUUCCCAAAUGAAAUAGACGAAGGAUUUCCUCUGACCAGACCCAACUGGAACCACGAGACUAUGGCUGGUAGGGAGCAUCUCCUUUUUUAUCACUAGACUCUGAUAGUGGGUCUCAAAGGGGCUGGAAGGUGCCCAACCAAUUUGGCAAAGGUACGUGCUAUAACCCAGGGGGAAAAUGAAACCCCCGCUGGGUUCCUAGAGCGCCUGAUAGAGGGAUAUCGGAGGUACACCCCUUUUGACCCCACGGCCCAGGAGCGUCAGGCGGACCUUACUAUGGCCUUUAUAGGACAAUCAGCUUCUGACAUUCGUGGUAAGCUCCAAUGGCUAGAGGGCCUUCAGGGGUACUCUUUACAGGACUUAGUAAGAGAAGCUGAGAGAAUCUAUAACAGGCGAGAAACAUUAGAGGAAAGAGAGGAUAGAAUCAGAAAAGAGCAGGAAGCUAGAGAGGAUAAAAGAGAGAAAAAGAGAAAUAAAGAAUUAAGUCAAAUUUUGGCCACAGUAGUCCAGGGAGUAGGGCCAGGUAGGGACCUGGGAGACAAGAGAAGGCCCCGAGUGGAUAAAGACCAGUGUGCCUAUUGACAUUGGACUCAGAAAUGUCCAAAGAAGCUGAACAAACUUCAAAAGAAGACAACCCCAGUUCUGACUCUAGGGGACUAGGGGAGUCGGGGCCAGGAGCUCCCCCCUGAGCCCAGGGUAACUUUAAAGGAGGGGGGGCAAAUGACUACCUUCAUGGUAGACACAGCUCAACACUCAGUCUUGACAACAACCGAGGGACCUAUGAGUUCCAAAACAGCCUGGGUCCAAGGGGCCACUGGAGGAAAAACAUACAGAUGGACCACAGAAAGAAAAGUGGACCUCAGCACAGGACAGGUUUCCCACUCGUUCUUGCUGAUCCCCAACUGUCCAUAUCCCCUUCUUGGGAGAGAUUUACUCUCUAAGUUGGGGGCCCACACCCACUUCACUAAAAAGGGAGCUACACUAAAAGGAAAGGAUGGAGCUCCACUACAAGUGUUAACCCUGCGACUGGAAGAUGAACAUCGGUUAUAUGUGGGACCGAUAGUAGAAACUCCUGGUAUAUCUGAUUGGCUAACUAAAAUCCCCUCAGCAUGGGCCGAGACAGGAGGCCCAAGACUGGCAUGCAACCAGCCUCCAAUAGCGGUCAAACUAAAACCAUCUGCAACUCCGGUUUCAAUCAGACAAUACCCUAUGAGCAAAGAGGCCCAAGAGGGAAUCAGGCCCCACAUUCAAAGACUUUUACAAAUGGGCAUACUUCGCCCCUGCCAAUCCCCUUGGAACACCCCACUGCUCCCCGUGAAAAAGCAAGGAACAAAUGACUAUCGACCAGUCCAAGACUUAAGAGAAGUCAAUAGGAGGGUAGAGGAUAUACACCCCAUUCCAAAUCCCUACAAUCUCCUAAGUACCUUGCCUCCCAGUCACAGGUGGUAUACUGUACUUGACCUGAAGGAUGCAUUCUUCUGCCUAAGGCUGAGCCCGGUUAGCCAGCCCAUCUUCACUUUUGAAUGGAAGGACCCUGAAGCUGGAAUGUCGGGACUACUAACCUGGACGCGACUUCCCCAAGGAUUCAAGAACUCCCCUACUCUGCUUGAUGAAGCUCUGCAUCAUGACCUGGCUGACUUUCGGGUAAGAAACCCACAGAUUAUGCUCCUCCAGUAUGUAGAUGACCUCCUCUUAGCAGCCGAGAUGGAAGCAAGCUGUUUGCAAGGUAUGGAGGCUCUCCUAUUGAGACUGAGGGAACUUGGAUAUCGGGCCUCGGCAAAGAAGGCCCAGAUCUGUCUACAGCAGGUAAACUAUUUGGGCUACCGGCUGAAGGGAGGACAACGAUGGCUAAUGGAAAGUAGAAAACAGGCGGUAGCCUCUAUUCCCUCACCAACUUCAGCCAGAGGACUCAGAGAGUUCUUGGGAAGUGCAGGAUUCUGUAGAUUAUGGAUACCAGGCUUUGCCGAAAUAGUGGCUCCUCUAUAUCCUCUAACAAAGAAUGGGACUCCUUUCAUCUGGGCUGAUGAACACCAGAGAGCUUUUGACAAAAUAAAAAGAGCAUUGCUGACGGCUCCAGCUCUAGGAUUGCCAGACUUGACAAAACCCUUCGUCUUAUAUAUAGAUGAAAAUAAAGGGAUGGCAAAAGGGGUCCUUACUCAGACUUUGGGACACUGGAAAAGGCCAGUAGCUUAUCUCUCAAAGAAACUGGACAAUAUGGCCACUGGCUGGCCCCCAUGCUUGAGAAUCAUGGCGGCAAUAGCAUCCCUGGUAAAAGACCUAAAUAAACUCAAUAUGGGUCAGCCCCUGACUGUCAUAACACCACAUGCAGUGGAGUCCAUCAUUAGACAGCCCCCUGACGGAUGGCUGUCAAAUGCCAGGGUGACCCAUUACCAAGCACUACUGUUAAAUCCAGAAAAGAUCAAGUUUGGUAGCCCUGCCUUAAACCCCGCCACGCUGCUACCAGCCCCCGAGAAAGGCACUGAGAUUCCCCAUGACUGUCAGCAAAUACUUACGGAGAUGCAUGGGACUAGGGGAGACCUCACCGACCAGCCCCUAACAGAUGCAGAUGCCAUCUGGUAUACGGAUGGGAGCAGCUUUCUGCGAGAUGGUGAGCGUAAGGCGGGGGAGGCCGUGGUUCAUGGAGAAAAAAUAAUUUAGGCCCAAGCUCUGCUGGCUGGAACAUCAGCCCAAUGGACUGAAUUAGAAGCCCUAACCCAGGCCCUAAAAUUAGCAGAGGGCAAAAAGGUCAACAUUUACACUGCCAGCUGCUAUGCAUUUGCCAUGGCUCACGUACAUGAAGAAAUUUAUCGGAGGCGGGGGCUCCUCACCUCAGCGGGCAAGUACAUUAAAAACAAAAAAACAAUAGUGGCCCUUCUACAGGUUUUGUACUUACCUAAAAAGAUCAGCAUUAUUAAUUGCCCUGAACAUCAGCGAGACCAGGGGCCGAUUGCUCGAGGCAAUCAGAUGGCAGAUGAAACUGCCCACCAGGCAGCAGAAGGUACCUGCAUUCUCUACACACAUGCAGACCUUAAGGCUGAAAUGGAGGCACAGGAAAAGGAGGGAGAAGCUCUUUUUACCUACACUGAAUGAGACCUGGAACUUGUUCAGAAGCUUAAUGCUACCUUGGAUCCAGAAACCAAGAUAUGGAGAUAUCAGAUUCGAACCAUACUGCCCCAGGAGGCAGCACUUGAGCUAAUCUCCCAGCUCCACCAGUGGACACACUUAGGACACAAGAAACUAAAAACAUUACUAGAAAGAGAAGAACAAUUCUACUAUUUCCCGGACCUAAGCCAGCUAGUCCAGAAGGUAGUGGGAGAUUGUGUCUCAUGUUCCCUGGUAAAUGCUUCUAGAUCAAAGGCCCCAUCUGGUAUGAGAGAAAGAGGGACACAACCAGGGACUAACUGGGAGGUAGAUUUUACUGAGAUCCUCCCAGGAAAACAUGGUUAUAAAUAUCUCCUAGUGUUUAUAGACACUUUCUCAGGGUGGGUUGAAGCUUUCCUCACCCAAAAGGAAACAGCCCAGACUAUGGUGAAGAAACUGAUCGAAGGCAUCUUCCCUCGAUUCAGACUGCCUAAGGUAAUUGGGUCUGAUAAUGGCUCAGCCUUUGUCUCCCAGGUAAGCCAGGGAAAGGCCAAAGCAUUGGGGAUCAAUUGGAAAUUACAUUUUGCUUAUAGACCCCAAAGUUCAGGACAGGUAGAAAGAAUGAAUAGAACCAUUAAAGAGACCUUAACCAAAUUAGCUCUAGAGACUGGCACUAAAGACUGGGUGCAGCUCCUACCUCUAGCUCUAUUUCGGGCUAGAAAUACUCCUGCUAUACACGGCCUAACUUCCUACAAAAUCCUUUUUGGAGGACCGCCUCCUGUCCUCAAUGUAACCUUGUCCCCCUUGCCCUCUUCUUUUAAUAACCCCAGCCUAAAAACAAGACUCCAAGCCCUCCAGAUCAUCCAGAACCAGGUUUGGAGGCCCUUGGCUGCUGUCUACCAGCCUGGGAGUCCACGAACGCUCCACUCCUACCAAAUUGGAGAUCAGGUGUACAUGAGAAGACACAAUGUAAAGACUCUUGAACCACGGUGGAAAGGACCCUACACGGUUCUCCUGACUACACCCACGGCCCUCAAAGUAGACGGAAUUUCAGCUUGGAUCCACGCUUCACACGCCAAAAGAGCCCCGGCCCAGGAGGACGCUGGAAAAUGGCAUCUACACAAAACAUCCAACCCAACCCCCUAA